AUGUCUUCGGAAACAGAAAACAAGGUUCAUCUUGGGAGUGGUUUCUAUUGCACACAUGCAGGCUUCACAGCAAUGGAAGCAGCAAAAAAUGAUUGCGACUGGGCUGUGGCCCUUCUUGUUGGAGUUUUCGGCAAAGAUGCUAAAUUAAUGAGAGUUUAUCCUAGAAAGCAAGGGUUAAAAAAUUUUCCGCUUGGAUUCCUGAUGCUAGCUCAAAAUCUGUACAGAGAGCGAUUGAAGCAUGGCAAUUAUGAAGGUGACAUUGACGGAAUGGUCAAAUCACUACCAGCUUAUCUGUCAGAUCGAGCGCUAGAUUUUGGAGGAAGAAGUAUAUCCUCCCGUGCAAAACGCUCAAAGAAAUCUAAAAAUAAUAAUAUAUUGCAGAAAAAAGGAGGCAGCAAUAGCAGAUCCAUCUAUAGUUUCAACUGCUACAUCCUUAACUUCAACUGUUUCAUUGACUUCAGAGAAAGCUUAAAGGGAUCCAAAAGCGACGAGCGAACUUCGACGGGUUAG